CGUCAAGCCUCCAGGUGCGCGGCGGGAGGCGGACACCAGGGGGCAGCCUCGUGCGCUCGCCCUCCCGGCGGCUCGUUUCCGGCCGCGCCGGCCUAGAAGGCGGUGUUCGCGGCCCCAGGGGGCGGCAGGAAAGAAAAGAGUCCCUGUUUGCUGUGUAGAGAAUGGAUUGGAAAAGAGAAAGAAGUGGAGACCACUUAGGAAACUGUUGCGAGAGCCCAGACUAGGGACCCCUGGUGGUGCAGUGGUUAAAAGCUAUGGCUGCCAAUCAAAAGGUCAGCAGUUCGAGUCCACCAGCCACUUCUUGGAAACCCUGUGGGGUAGUUCUGCUCUGUCCUAUAGGCUCGCUAUGAGUUGAAAUCGACUUGACAGCAACAGAUUUGGUCUUAUUUAAAAGUUGGGCCCAGAAUGCUUUCAAACACUGACUGGUUAGUCUGAAUGGAGACCUGAGCUGGGAGAAGGAAGACACUCCUGAAGGAAAUUGUAGAAGAUACCAACAUGGAAGAGAAACCCCAGGAGAGUAAAAAGGGCGCCACCCACAGAGAAGUCCCGCCGGCAGUGGUGCUGCUGCUCGGGAUGGCGCUCAUGAACGCACUCCUCUACCUCUGCCUGGAUCAAUUCUUUAUUUCCCGCCUACGUUCCACCGUGGACCCCAGCCACUGCCCCUUUGGUUCCUUCAGAAUCGGACAGAUGAAAAACUGCUCACCAUGGCUGUCCUGUGAGGAGCUGAGAACAGAAGUGAGGCAGUUAAAACGCGUUGGGGAAGGCGCCGUGAAGAGAGUCUUCCUGUCUGAGUGGAAGGAACGCAAAGUUGCUCUCUCGCGGCUCACUAGUCUGGAGAUGAAGGAUGAUUUCCUCCACGGCCUGCAGAUGCUGAAAUCUCUGCAGAGUAAGCAUGUCGUCACGCUGCUCGGUUACUGUGAGGAUGACAACACUAUCCUUACCGAAUACCACCCGUUAGGUUCCUUGAGCAACCUGGAAGAAACCCUAAACCUUUCCAAGUAUCAACAUGUGAACACCUGGCAAAACAGGCUGCAGCUGGCCAUGGACUACGUGGGCAUCAUUAAUUAUCUGCACAACAGCCCCCUGGGCACGCUGGUCAUGUGCGACUCCAAUGACCUGCCCAAGACGCUCUCCCAGUACCUACUGACAAGUAACUUCAGCAUCGUGGCCAAUGACCUGGACGCCUUGCCCCUGGUGAACCACAGCUCUAGGACAUUUGUGAAGUGCGGCCACAGGGAACUUCACGGGGAUUUUGUGGCCCCAGAGCAGCUGUGGCCCUACGGAGAGGACCUGCCUUUUCAUGACGACCUCAUGCCUUCAUACGACGAGAAGAUCGACAUCUGGAAGAUUCCGGACGUCUCCAGUUUCCUUCUGGGGCAUGUUGAAGGCAGUGAUAUGGUUCGAUUCCAUUUGUUUGAGAUUCAUAAGGCAUGUAAGAGCAAGACUUCUGCAGAAAGACCUACUGCUCAGGAUGUCCUGGACAUUUAUCAGAAGGUUUUGAACUUGCUUCGAGAUACUGUCACAACUCAGACAAGAGAAAUGCUGUAAAAACCUGUCCAGUCUGUGAAGGGUGGCAUUGAAGGCUGGAAUGCAAUAGUCAAAGCAGUUCUACUCUGAUGUGGAGUUUUUUGCUUGGGUUUAGUGUUUGGUGGUUAUUUUGCAAUUUUGCCAUGUGGUUCUUUGUCUACAUCCACAUUCACCUUUGAGUGUAUUCUACUACGGGCUGAAGUUCCUAAGCAAGAGCAAAACCACAAUUGAUUUACAUAAAUCUGGCUUCACAUUUCUAACUGCGAUUGCCGUCUGAUGGAGAUGCAAAGAAGCCUUGAAUCUGACCAGGUAUUUGAAAGAAGUGACAAAGGUGUAGCCACAAAGAGGUGUCACCUAACUUAAUCACUGGGGUGCAGUGGUUAAGAGCUAUGGCUGCUAACCAAAAGGUCGGCAGUUUGAAUCCUUGGAAACCCUACGGGGCAGUUCUACUCUGUCUUAAAGGGUCGCUGUGAGUCGCAAUCAACUCGACAGCAGUGGGUUUGGUUUUGGGUUUUGGAAGAAGUGUUAUUUAGAGAAGGUUUUAAAAUGGCAGUAUAUUAAAGAAACAUACAGUAGUUGUCCAGAGAACAUUUUCCCCCUAAUUUUUUAAAUGGUAAUCCACAUAUGGCAUCACCGGAUUAUUCAUGGUGUGUUUCAGUGAAGUUGUCUUUACCACUGGAAGUGAUUGCUCGGUGAAGCUUCUUUCCAAGGAGCGAAAGCAGAGCUGUAAUAGAAAUCUCCUUAAAAUUUUGAAUGGAUAGGAACAGAAAUAUUUAGAACAGCAAUUAUGAGGGAAAUUAUCUGCGUUGCUGCCUUGUGGAAUUCUCAUCUACCUUCCAGCUGAGUGUUCUGUGUCCAAAAUUAAUUGUUGUGAACCUUUUACCCCACCAAGUGUCACUAAUUGCUGGCAAGUGUUAAACCUGUCCACUUGGAUGGCAUGAUUGAAUCUUUCAAAAGCUCUUUCUUCAGAGUAGCAGCUGAGGCUGCUUAUAAACAGGAAAAACCUUGUGGAAUUUGGUUCCUUGGAUUGGAGGUUUAGGGUGAUAGUUUCAUGGGACAUCCCAGUUAAUUGGCCUAAUAACAUGGUCAGUGCUUCUGUUCUACCUCCUAGUUUCUUAUGUAGUGCCUGGAGUCUUAAAAGCUUGCAAAUGGCUACCCAAAGUACAACAAUUGGUUUCUAUUUGCCUGGAGCAACAGAGGAAGAAGGAGAGUCAGGAAUAAGACGAGAAAUAGAAUGUGAGGCUAAUUGCCUCCAUGAACAACUGCCCCCUUUGUCAUGAGACCAACUGGAUGGUGCCCAGCCUACUACUACUGAACAUAUUGAUCCAAGAUUCCGUAGAAGAAUCCUAAUCAAAAGGGUGAAAAUGCAGAACAGAAUUUCAAAUUCUCAUGGGAUCUAGCCUUUCUAGAGCCAUAGGGGCUGGAUGAACCCCUGAAACUAUUGCCCUGAGAUAAUCUUUAAAUCUUAAACCAAAAAUAUCCCCUGAAGUCUUCUUAAAACCAAACAAUAGUCUAGCUUAACUAGUAAAAAAUGUCUGCCUUGAGCUUUAUGCUCUUUUAAGAGCUACCUAUAUGGGAUCAAAGUGACAAGAGCAACUAGAAAGAUUAGAUAGGAACCUUAGGGGUACUUCAAAAUCAACUGAAAUCAUGGGGAGCUAGGCCCCACACCCCAGUCUCUGAUUCAGUGGGUCAGGUGUGGGGCCUGAGAAUUUGCAUUUCUUAACAGAUUCCCAGGUGAUGCUGAUGCUGCUGGUUUGGGGACCACAUUCCGUGAACCACUGCCCUUAACUGUCAAGAAGGAGGGAACCACAGGGAGUAGGAAUAGGGCACUGUUAGCAGUUUUAUCCACCAUUCUUCCGUCUGCGGUUGAUUCGGGUGUAUGGCUGAUUAGAGAAUACGCUGUCAUUUUUUGUUGUAAAAACUCUGCCACACCCCACUACAAACAAAACAAAAACCUGUUGUCGUUGAGUCGAUUCUGACUCUUAGUGACCCUGUGGGACAGAGUAGAACUGCCCCAUAGGGUUCCCAAGUAGUGACUGGUAGAUUCGAACUGCAGACCUUUUGGUUAGCAGCUGAGCCCUUAACCACUGCGCCACCAGGUCUCCACACCCCACUAGGAUGGAUGUAAUAAAAAAGACAACAAUAAGAAGUGUUGGCAAGGUUGGGGAGCAAUUGGAGCCAUUAUGUAUUGCCCCUGGGAAUGUAAAAUGGGGCAGCCACUUUGGAAUACAGUCUGGCAGUUCCUCAGAUGGUUACACGUAGUUAUGUGUGACCCAGAAAUUUCACUCCUAGGCAUAUAUAGACCAAAGAGAAUUGAAGACAUAUGUUCAAACAAAAACUCGUACACAGGUCUUCAUAGCAGUGUUAUUUAUAAUAGCCAAAAUAGUGGAAACAGCUCAAAUGCCCGUCACCUGAUGAAUGGAGAAACAAAAUGUGGUAUAUCCAUACAGUGGUUUAUUAUUCGGUAAUAAAAGAGAUGAAGUGCUAAUACAUGCCAUGACAUGGAUGAACCUCAAAAACGUCAUACUAAGUAAAAGAAACCAGUCACAAAAGGCCACAUGUUGUAUGAUUCCAUUUACAUGAAAUGUCCAGAAUAGACAAAUCCAUAGCAACAAGGUAGAUUACUGGUUACUACAGACUGGGGAGGGGGCGGAUAGGGUCUGCUCAUGGGUAUGGAGUUUCUUUCGGGGAGGGUGAUGAAAAUGUUCUGAAAUUAUAUGGGGGUGAUGGUUGCACAAUGCUGGAAAUAACACUAAAAAUGACUGAAUUGUAUUUUAUGUAAAUGAUGUGACCUUUAUGUAAAUUAUAUCUCAAUAAAGCUGUUAUUUAAAAAAAAAAAAUCUUCGCCACAAGGCACUGCAUCCCUUAUGACCCUUUCCGCUCGGCACAGGCAGUUACUCUGUGGAGUUGUUGAUUUGAUAUUAGGCUAUUCAUGUAAUUCUUGUUUGAGGGUUUUCUUUAGCAGGCAUACUUUUCAUUGGCACAAAGUUUGGUUUUAAAAUUGACAAUAUGGCUAAAAUAAACAGCACAGUGCUGGGGAAAGGGCACUGUCUAGCUAGGAGGCAAGAGAGGUCUCUUGCCUGAGUUAUAAUCCCAGCUCUGCCACUCAUUAAUUUAUGGCCUCAGAUGCGUCUGAUCUCUAAAAUGAGAGAGUUGGGGGAGUAAUUUGCAAGCUCCUCUGUGUGUCUCUGAGUUUUCUUUGGUACUUUGUAAUGCCAACGCGAGACAUCAAACAGUUCCUUUGCCUGUUGGGGUUCAAUCUUUAGCUUGAGCUUGGACAUAAUUCAAUAUCAGCAGAACUGCAACCUCCUAAAAGAAGUUUUACUAAAACCUAGAUGGCAAAAUUCAUUGCCCAUAGAUCACAACAGAGGGUCCCAGACAGAGCUGGAGAAAAAUGUAGAACAAAAUUCUUACUCAAAAAGAAAGACCAGAUUUGUUGGCCUGACAGAGUCUGGAGAAACCUGAGAGUAUGGCCCCUGGAAACUCUUUCAGCUCAGUAAUGAAGUCACUCCUGAGGUUCACCCUUCAGCUGAAGAUUGGACAGGCCCAUAAAACAAAAUGAGACUAAAGGGGCACACCAGCCCUGGGGCAAGGACUAGAAGGCAGGAGGGAACAGGAAAGCUGGUAAUAGGAAACCCAGGGUUGAGAAGGGAGAGUGUUGACAUGUCAUGGGGUUGUUAACCAAUGACAUAAAACAAUAUGUAUACUGUUUGAUGAGAAACUAGUUUGUUCUGUAAACCUUCAUCUAAAGUACAAUAAAAAAAAAGAAGGAAAAAAAGAAAAUUCAUUGCCCAUAGCUGUUGGCUCACAUUCAGCAGAUACAUCUAUAAUCAGAGGAGCCAGGUGAGGUAAGCCAUUCUCAAAGCUUUGGCAAGGAGCCCAUGCUUUCUCCCUGGUUACCUUAUUCCAAGUGUUAAAAAAAAAAAUCCAUCACCACCAGGUGGUUUAUAAUGUGCUUUUACAUGAUCUCAUGAGAUACUACAAGUACUCCAAGCCACUGGGGCCUUUAACCCAUUGCUGUGGAAAUGAGUCCAACCCGUGGUGACCCUCUUCUGUUACAGAGUAGGACUGCUCCAUAGGAUUUUCUUGGCUGUAAUCUUUAUGGAAGCAGAUUGCCAGGCCUUUCUUCUGCAGCACCAUGAGGUAGAUUUGAACAGAAGCUUUAGUAGUGGAGUGUAAACCUUUUGUGCUACCCAGGGAUGGGGGCUCUAGCCAACCGUUAAUGGUUCAGCAAAGACAGAAUACCUGGCAGUUAUUCCUAAAAUGAGGCACAUAGAGGUAGGGGCGGUGGCAGGACAGUAUAGGGCCAGCAUCACUUUGCCCUUAGAUUACAGCAAAGACAAUCUUUCUGCCUCCAUCCUCACAACUUCUGAUUCAUUCUUUAUAUUGCAGCCAGAGGCAUGCCUCUUAAGACUUUUUUUUUCCCCACCAGCAAAGAAGUUGUCAGAAAAUUUUAUUUUUAGAUGAGGAACCAAUGUUAAGACUGGGAAGCAGCUCUUUGAAAGAAGUGUGUAUGUGUUGGAAUUAUUUAGUAUAGACCCUCUUGGAAAGGGGAUUCUCAUAGCCUCCAUUCUGGGCCAAGGGGCACCAUCAGUGUGGUGAGGUUUGAAAAGGAAAAGCCUUUGUUCGAAUGGAAAGACUUAGAAAGGAAGGAUUACAGACGUUUAAAUCUCAAGGAAAGGAGGUGCAAAUAUUUGAGCAUCCAUCCUGUGCCCCCACACUGUUCUAGGCUCUGAAGAUGCAUCACUGGGCAGGUUCGUGGUAGUCAUGAAUGCUGCUUACCAAAUAUCUCCAGUCUCCCCACUUGCAGCACAUACCGGAUCAGGGUUCCCUGUCU